AAAACUAGAUGUAAUGGCGGAGAAGCUCGCAGAAGCCACCGCCCUUAUCAAAGUGAGCGUUAAGGUGGAGGAGGUCCCGGCUGCUAUGAGCUUGCCAAUAAAGUCGGAGGAGGAGCUCGAUCGCUUUGAGGAGUCAUUGACUCCUCAGAUAAAAGAUUUCUACAUAAAUAAAGUUCGGAAGAUGCUGGAAAGCUGCACCCUCUCUAAGUGCCUGAAAAGUGUUGUAAAUGAGAAUACAAUCAACACAUACAAUUUAGACGGCACUUGCGGCAAAAAGCGGCUAAAAAGCAGAGUUGGCCUGUAUUCGAUUCUCAAAGAAGCAUUGGACCAAAUAAAUCCAAUAGACUGGCCGAUAGACAAAUAAGAAAGGCG